CUGACAGCACAUACAAUGGAAUAUAACCUACUAAACCUUAAUACCACACCAUAUACAAUCCUUCUAGCUAUACUACAGCUAACCUAUAAUAAACCUUACAUUUCCCGUGUCAUGUCCCCUUUUCAGAAAGAACUCCAUGCCAUACACGCCAAAUAAGGCAUUAAGUACUCCUCCAAGCCUUAGAUAGCACACCAGACCAUCCAACAUGCUUCAGCUCUUCGUCAACUUUGAAGCCUUUUUUUAGUAAUAGCAAUGUAUUAUCCAUAGACCACAACAGCACAAGGCAACCCAACCCCAACUUUGUCCCGUAUGAAUCCCCCUCACACUGGUCUAAUCAUAUUACGCGUUAGGAUUCAUCCUCGCCAUGCAUGCCUUUUAAUUCUGGGGGGCUCAUUUUGUCCUGUACUGCAACCCCACAAAGCUCUGACUGGUAGUGCCAUCUUAUGGAGAUAAUUUGCUGCUACAGUCUCUUAGUAAGUCGCAGUCCGGGACCCUUUUCUAAUACUUCAGAAAUGCAUCCUUCCCUCCUACCUUCCUUGAAGUAAUCAGAGAUAUCAAUUAGUUGGAUUGGUGAAAGUAAUGGGGUGAUAACAUUUCUUACACCUAUCCAAUCACGUAUAAAUCUCUCCUUGCCUCAAGGACGCAAGGAAGGAAGGAUGCAUUUUCAAAGAUAUUUGAGGAAACAAGGAAGGAAGGAUGCAUUUCUGUAUUCGAACACGGCCCGAUCUCUCUCAUUACUUACUUAUCACAAUGCUGAGCACAUCUGACUGCAGCAUUCUGUCACUGACAGGAGAAUAAUUCCCCAGGUGAAUGAACGUUUCCAGUCGCAUAAUGACCAACUCUGUUGAAGCACUGUUCAGACCAGAGAGGUCACAACUACCCCUGCGUUGCAUUCUUAUAGACUAAUAAUGUUAUUAUGUGGGCCCAGAUAUACAUACCAGCAGUACAUGUAUUUUUGUUAAACAAUUAUUUGUUCAUACAGUAUGUAUAAUUUAUUUAUGCAAAACGAUUACAAUAUGACCUCACUACAUAGGUCUGUCCCCCUGAUCGGGGGUUGUGGUAUGGUGUUGAGGUCCUUAUGCCUAUGUUGUGUACUGUACAGUAUGUGCUUCAGGACAUGGGAUCUGAACGGUAUGUGCUGGUAACAGCCAUCCCCAUGCACUCACUGUAUAAGGUUCUGCAUUGGGCAGCGGCAGUAUAAAAGAUUUACAUGCAUGAUCACUUUUUUUUUUUUUUACUUUCCGAUACAGGAGAAAGUGACAUUUACUUUUGAGUCAACUUGAUUUUGAGUUUUUAUAAAUCAUUCACUAAUAAGUCUCCCCAGCAACAAUUGUAAUAAUGUCACCUUUAGAAUGGAAGACAUCGAGUACAUUUCUAACAUGUCCCCAUUUCUUCUUCCUCCUGCCAAGAGGACGCCUUUAUCUAGGGCAAUGUACAAAAGUCACACUUACUUUUGCAUAGCCGCUUUAUAUAGCCGCUUUAAAAUAGACUUUGCAUUAACUCAAGCAAUACAGGUUGGAUCUUGCUCAUGGGUACAUUACCGUUAAGUGGUAUAGACCCUGUGAAUAGAUCCUGCAAGUCCAGUUGCUUAGCUGUAAUCAGAUAAUACUGUCUCCUACAAAAACCCAGAUUGACCAUGGAUAAAUUGUGGCUUUGAAGUUGUCAGCAGAGGCAGAGUAUUUGGUUUGCCCCUUGCCGUUACUCGAUCUUGCUCCACCUACGUCACACCUUCAAGGCUAUAUGCAGAGUUUCUUUUUUGAAGUGUUGCAGCCACAAUUCUUUAAUCAACAAAAUACUAGCAGAAGCCCCAGGAAUUUACCUCCACCCCCUUUCCUGACACAACCUCGUCAGGGAUCCAGUGCCUCUAGUUCUUUUUUUAUGUCAUUAACAGGUGGUUGUCAAAAAUAGAAUGAAGAAACACACACACCAAACUCUCUCGUGUACACGCGCUCUCUCUCUCACUCAGACAAACACACUAUCAGGUGCAGGCACACGCAAACACACAUGCGCACACACACACACACAGUAACGGGUGCAUGCUCACACACACACACAUCCGCACGCACGCACACACGACACAGACACAGAGUGAUAUAGAGACCACACACUCGUGACGCAUAUUCUCGCAAAUACAUUUUACAGGGGCCAGCAAAGACAGAUAGUUCCAGCACAACCAUAUGUGCAUGUCUAAACAAACAUAUACACUUUCAAACACCACGUAGGCAUGUGGCCACAUAGUUACUAAACCCACCCAUUCAUCAACUCUCUGCAACACAAGGCUACUUUGGCCUCCACCCUCUUUCCACUGCCCAUACCUCCUCUCUUCCUCUGCGAUCCCUCUCUCGCUCACUCCCUCUCUUCGCCUCGCCCUAUUUCAUUCCCGAACUGAACCACACACACACACCAAGCAGAAUAAGCUGCUUUCUCCCUCCUGGCUUCUCCUCCAUAUCUCCGUUUCCCAACAUUUACACGGAAGCUACCUCUAUUUUUGAUAUUUUUUUCUAAUCUAUUCUAUCUUUUGAACCAUUUUUAAUUAUGACCCGCUCAUCGCAUACUUCUUCCAAACCACCUUUUACAUCAAGCUUUCAAUGUCUGGUGUUAAUACCUAACAAUUCAUGAUUUUAAUAAUUAAUAAUAUAUAUAUAUUUUCUGCACUGAUAACCCUUAACAUGCCUUAUCCUUUUUUAUGGUGGGUUUGGUAUGUUUGCUUUAUAAACUGAGUCAUCAGUGCUGCUAAUUCCCAUUUCCCUUCUUUCCCUCCCUCCAUUCCUCUUGCCUCACUAACCCCUGUCUACCAUCCUUUCUAUUGCUCCACUGCCACCUCACCAUAAACCCAUUCCCUGUCUCCUACACUCUCUACCUGUCUUUAUCCAUUAUUCAUAUAUUUUUUUCAAUCGUAAACAUCUGCAAAGCCAUGUGGUCCACCUUCUUUCUGCACGAAGAGGAUGGCAGGCCGAUUCCACCAGGGGCGGGAAUAGGACCCGGGGCAGGUACUCUGGGACUGACCGGUGUCAUGGGUGGCAGAGGGGCUGGGGCUGGUGCUAUGGGAGUUAAGCGCCGUGCAAAAGCGUCAACAUCAGGAGGCAUGAGCGAGGUCCAGGAGGGCAAGAUCAAGCUGGCGUUCUUCGUGGCCAUCGUGGGUGUGGUGUUGACUGUCUUGGGCUUGGGCACAGAGUAUUGGGUGGAGCUGUCCCCGCCCAAGAACUUCUACAACAACCAGACGUGUCUGGCAGCACACUACGGGCUGUGGAAAGGAUGCACCCGGACUCUAUGGGUGGCUGACAUAGACCCUGAGCGAGAGAGCUGUGGGCCGGCUGAACUGCCCGGAGAAUCUAACUGCACCUACUUCAAGUUCUACACCACUGGAGAGAAUGCCGUCCUCUUCCAGAAGACGACAGAAAAGAGUCUGAAUGUGGCGGCGGCCAUGAUGGCCCUCUUCGGUCUCUUCCUGAUGGUCACAGGGGCCAUAUGCAUCACCACAGCCCUCAGCAAAGGAGAAUCAUUCUUCCUCAAGGCUGCAUCGGUUUGCUUCAUUCUGUCAGGCCUCUUGAUUCUCCUGUCUCUUAUUGUUUUCAACCAAUCGGUACUCUCCUUCCUAGCCAGUGACCACUCGGUGCCGUUGCAUCACGAGUUGUCUUGGUCAGUAUCCUGUGUUGGGUGUGCAGGGGCCAUUCUUAUUUUGGGCGGAACCCUUUUUCUCUUGCUUGCGCUACCAUUCAGUCCCUGGCGGAGGUGUUUUCCCCCCAAAAAUGAAAGUGACAGCUAGUGGCGAAGAGGAGGUAUUGCACUUUAUCUGUAUUGUCUUAUAACUGUUGAGAAAUGGACGGUCUCCUGCAAUUUUACAUUGAAUCAUUUGAAGUUGUGUAGAGGGGGGUUCAAGUUGUUCAUCGUCUUGGAUGUUUUUUCGCUCCUUAUUUUGCAUAAAUCAGUAGGUCAUUGAAGGGACACUAUACUGUUCUUGACUUAUGAAAGGGGAAGAACUAAUGCAAUGCCAAAUUACUUGUGUGCUAGUCGACAGCAAAUGUUUUCUCACAUUGAAAGUGCAAAAUGUAAUGUGCCAGUAUGUUCCCCCCUCCCCAAGUGUGAAAUUCAAUUGAAUUCAAAAUCAUUUUAAUUUAACAAAAACAACAUUUUGCAGUUGUGUUUUGAAUUGGUAAACAUUACUUCAUUAUUUUUGCCAAAUCUUUGAUGACAUUCUGAUCGACAGUCUUAUUAGAGAGUAUAAUCCUUAAGAAGAGUAAUUGGGAUUCAGAUGUAUUGCACAGAAUGAAAGUACAGUACAACAAUUCUAGAGUUUCUAGUAAAUGAAUACAUACACAAUCUCAUGAUAUUGCAAUGUUUUUACAACUGCCUUUAAUUUAUAGAUGUGUAUAUAUCAAAGAGACAUUAGCCUCUAAAUCCAAAUGUUUUCAGACCUCAAAGGUCAAGAUUAGUCUACGUCCCAGGCUAUCAGGUUUUGUAGAUUCAGUUAUAUGUCACAAUAUAAAAAUAAGGUAAAAGACAAGCACCAUGCAAUUUCCAGAUAUGCAGAGCUUAUGUUUUCCGUUCAGUUGUGUAGUGUAAGAUGUGUGGACUCCUAUUGACAUUAGACUACUUUUGAGGUCUAAAAACAUCUGACAAAUUUUGAUUUUGGAGUCUAAUGUCCCUUAAAAUUUUAGAUACACCAUCUGCUCUUGGUGUGUGGGUGACUAUAUUAUAGAAAUUACAAUAAAUUAUUAAAACGGCACUGCCUAAAAACGUCUCUGCCUGAAAGGACAGGCAAUUUUAUCGUAAACCCUAUUGAAGAGGUAAAGUGCUACAAUUUAUUGUAGCAUUUAGGCUACUAACCAGUUAUAUAAGGUUGCAUUGUAAAUACAGUAUUCAAAGUCAUAUGAGCCAUUCAGUGUUGUAAAUGAAUGACGUAAAAACAUUUCAUGUGAUCUGUGUAACCCAAUGUCACACGUUUAUAAAUACUGUAAGGUUUUGUAUCUGUUUUGUCUUUUUCCAGUGAGAUAGUUGUCAGAGGUAAUCUGUGCAUAUCCGUAUUUCAAUGGGUAUUGAAAGGUAAAUUGUGUCUGUGGUUUUCAAUGGAAAUAAUUGCGUAUAUAAGACUUGAUUUAUUAUUAAAUGUGAAGACAACACACUG